AUGGACUUCACCCCACCAUCAAACCCUCCUAUGGCUAUACAACAACCCAACCCCAUUUCAUCAAUCCCUUCUUCUGGUAGUAAGCUUCCAAUUAAGCGCAAAACCCCCACAUCCACUCUAAUCCUCUCAACGCCCAAACUCGAAUCCGACGACGACGACGCCGAUCCCGAUCCCGAUCAUGACGCCAUCGCCAGGCAACCUCCUUUCAAAUUUCAUCGGAUUUGGACCGAGCCAGACGAGAUCCGUUUCCUCCAGGGACUCCUCGAUUGUUCUUCCCAAGGCUUGUCCUUCCCUCGAGAUCUCGGAAUAUUCUACUCUCGAUUCUCCCAUGGAAUGUCGCAGCCGUACACGAAAUCGCAGCUGUCUGAGAAGCUCCGUCGUCUCCGGAAGAAGUUCAGGGUGAUUUCCUCUCGGCUGUCGAAAGGGCUCGACAAGGCGCUGCUUUCGCCGCAGGAUCGUGCGUUGUAUGAUCUUUCGAAGCAACUUUGGGAGCCGGAUCAUCCGUUUUUACCAUCUGGCGUUUCCAAUUCGGAUUCUAACCCGGUUAAUAAUCACAACUGUAAGCCGAAUUUGGUUGGGGUUAAGGUUAGUUUCUCGCCGACGCUACCUUCGACUUCUAUGGCUGUAUUAGCUUUGCCGUCUGUGAUUAAGGAAACGAACAAUCGCAGCAACCGUAACAGAUUUAACAACCUUGCUGCUGGUGCUGCUACUGCUGGUGGUUUCAAUGGCGAUGUUAAGCUUAAUGAUGUGAAUGUAGAAUUGAAGCGUAAUGCUGAAAUGGCGCGAAAAGAAGUCAGGGUAAAGAGUGGUGGUGAUGAUGUUAUGCAUUUUGCAAACAAGACUCUUGCUGAUGUUCUUGAUCAGUCGUUGAAGGAGAUUAAAACGAUGAUUGAUCUUCAAAGAAAUUCAAAUCUUGAGAAAGAGAUUAGCUUUGAGAAGCGAUGGAGGGAUCAACAUAUUGCAGAGUUUGAUGUAUUGGCCAAACGUCUGAAGCUAAUUGUGGAGCAUUCCUCAUUGGUUAGUAAAUAA